CACAUUGACAGUGCGUGAGUGAGAAAAUAUCCUCCCCAAAUAUCGCUUUGCUUUUAUAAGAUAGAGUUAAGAGUAGAAGGAGUUGGGCUAGAGUUAGACAUUGACUUGUUGAGUUUUGGUUGGGACCUGGUUUGAUAUAUAUGUGGGUUGUGGGGUUGAGAUGACCCAAGAUUUUAAUCUCCUCUAGCUCCCUGACCAAACUCUGCCACCCUUAACAGAUUUAUUUACAGCUCUCAUGGUCAUAGGCCAAGGGUUUAUUGGGGUUAGGAAUCUGGAGAUUGCAAUGGCAGAGUUUUUGGGAUUAGCAGCAGCAGCAACAGGAGUAUCAGAAUUGUGACAGCUUGCAAAGGAAGAGCUACAAGCAACCCCAACAACAGCAGUAGAUAAGAGUGAAAGCAAGCAAAAGCAAAAGCAAAAGAAAUCAACCAUUUUUGAAGCCCAAAAUCAGAGAAAAAAGAUUAGGAAUCUGGAUUUCCAAGAGAAUCAGCAAUAUCUCCAACUUCUCCAAAACCAGCAUCAAACACAUGGGGAGCUCAUAAAUUCUCACCCAGCACAAACACAAGUAGCUCCCAACACCAACAACAACCAAAUUCUAGACCACCAAAGCAUUCAACAAGAAUAUGCAAAGCAAAGAGGAGGAGAGAGAAUGGGAAUGAAGAGCGCUGGAGGAGGAGCAGGAGGAGAGAUUAUACAAGUUCAAGGAGGCCACAUUGUUCGAUCCACCGGCCGCAAAGACCGCCACAGCAAGGUAUACACAGCCAAAGGCCCCCGAGACCGCCGCGUCCGGCUGUCUGCCCACACCGCCAUCCAAUUCUACGAUGUUCAAGACCGCCUCGGCUACGACCGCCCCAGCAAAGCGGUUGACUGGCUCAUCAAGAAAGCAAAAUCCUCCAUUGACAGGCUUGCUGAGCUUCCACCUUGGCACCCUAUCACUGGUGUUGCAGCAAACAAUGCUGACCCCAAUCAAUCCAAUCCAAAUGAAAUGGUGAUUGCAGGAGGAACAGAGGAAACAGAGUCCUGUGGCUACAAUUUCCACCAGCUGCAGAGGCAAAUGAGUGAGAAUAACAACAACAACAACCAAGCAAAUAAUGUUUCAAGCUUCAACAUUCCUCCAUCUCUAGACUCAGACACCAUAGCUGACACCAUGAAAUCAUUCUUCCCCACAAGCUCAGCAGCCACUUCAUCCAUCAAUUUCCAAAGCUACCCACCUGAUCAUGAUCUGAUUUCAAGAACCACCAACCUAAACCCUAGCCAAGACCUUGGCCUCUCUCUCCACUCUUUCCAAGACCAAGGCCUAAACAUCCAUCACACUCACAGCCAGCAAUCCCAAGGAGACACCAACCACAACAACGAUCAGAUUCAGACCCUUUUUGCCGCGGGGGCGGGAGGAUCAACGGUGGGAUUUGAUACAAGUUAUCAGAGAAUGGUGGCAUGGAGCAAUCAGAACAGAGGAGUUGAUGGUGGAUUUGUAUUCAACUCACACACACAAGCAUUGCCACAGCAAGCAUACGCUCAUGCUCAGGGGGGUACCCUUCAGUCCAGUUUUUCGCCAUCAGUUUCAGCUCGGGCCUGGAACGAUUCUUCUAUCUUCGGCACACAGCAGAGAACACAGCAGCAGCAGCCAAUGAUUCACCAUUCUUCAAUCUUUGGCACCCGCUUCGCCUCUGAUGGCGGCUUGCCUGUGUUCUGCAUCCCCACGCGUAUUGACGCUGAGGAGGGGGAUAAUGGCGGUGUUUCAGAUCGACCAUCAUCCACUUCCUCUCCCAAUUCCACCCACCAUUGAUUGGAUAACUAAUUCUACCUUCGGGGUAUCAAAUUGGGAGACAAGAAGGAAGAUUCAGUCCAAUUAAAUGGUCUACCAAGGAAAGAAAAGUAUCUGGUUUGGAUUUUCAAACAUUCUUUUCAUCUUUGUUGAUCUAUAUAUUUAAUUAGAUUCCCUAGUUGUUUUUAAAUUUGAUGGGACUUUUUUUUGUUUAUUCAAGUGGCUCAACUUUGUUUUCUUUAUUACUACUUAUCAUUUUUAUCCUUAUGAAACCCCACAUUUCCUUUUUCUUUAAUUUGGUUGAACUAGUAUUAUAACAGCAAGUUGGCUCAUUCUUGGUAA